CGGACAUUAGAAAAGAAAGAAAGAAGAAACAUAAAAUCAAAAUCCGUUUCAAAACCCUAAUCCUUCUCCAUCCAGGAAUUUGUCACCUCAGCGUUAAGAAAACCUUAGAAAUAAAUCUCUUUAUAAAUUUUGCUUCGUUUUAUUCUUUGGGGUUUCCUGUUACUUUAUCACCAUUCGGUAGGCAAGCCAACGAAGAUCUCGUGAGAGCUUUGAAUCAAUCAGUAGUAAGCUCAGAAUUCGAUCCAUCUCAGGGAAAGCAAAGGUAGCGAUUGAGACAAUCCGGCGGCGUGAUUCGAAGCUCUUUAGUCAAUAUUAUGUUUGUUUUAUUCUUCGGAAGCAAGCUGAGAGUUUCUCCGAUAAAUCACAGAAAAGAACCCAAACGGCAAUCGUCUCCAAUUUCUCAAGUAGUAACACAGGGUGGUUUUUUAUAAUCCGAUAUAAAAUCUGUUGCAAUUAUCCGUUUUCCAUUUGUGAUGGAGAAUUCAAACUGCCGAAAAGUCCGAAACAUUUGCAUUCUUGCUCAUGUCGAUCACGGCAAAACAACACUUGCUGACCAUCUCAUUGCAGCUUGUGGCGGUGGAGUUCUGCACCCUAAACUCGCUGGAAGACUUAGAUUCCUGGAUUAUCUUGAUGAGGAACAGCGACGAGCUAUUACUAUGAAAAGCUCUUCGAUUGCUCUUCAAUACAAAGACCAUUCGAUCAAUCUCAUUGAUUCACCAGGGCAUAUGGAUUUUUGUAGUGAAGUCUCUACUGCUGCGAGAUUAAGUGAUGGAGCUCUUGUGUUGGUUGAUGCGGUCGAAGGGGUUCACAUACAAACACAUGCGGUUCUUCGUCAGGCUUGGGUUGAGAAGUUGACUCUUUGUUUGGUUAUUAAUAAGAUUGAUAGGUUGAUUACGGAGCUGAAGUUGAGUCCGAUGGAAGCUUAUACUCGAUUGCAGAGGAUUGUUCAUGAGGUUAAUGGGAUUGUGAGUGCAUAUAAGUCAGAGAAAUAUCUAUCCGAUGUUGAUUCUCUCCUUGCAGUGACGAUCGGUGAUGACUUGAGCGAAGAAUUUGUAGAGGAUGACGAGGAGGAUACGUUUCAGCCUCAGAAGGGGAAUGUUGCAUUUGUGUGUGCUUUGGAUGGGUGGGGUUUUAGUAUUAACCAGUUUGCAGAUUUUUAUGCAUCUAAGCUCGGAGCGAGCAGUAAUGCGCUAUUAAAAGGUUUAUGGGGUCCUCGAUAUUUUAACACGAAGAAGAUGAUGAUUGUGGGGAAGAAGGGGAUGGAGGGUGUUAGUAAAGAUCCUCAGCCUAUGUUUGUUCAGUUUGUGCUUAAACCUCUUUGGCAAGUUUAUCAAGGAGCUUUGGAGGCCGAUGGAGAUAAAGGGUUGCUAAAUAAGGUCAUCAAGAGCUUUAAUUUGUCAGUUCCGCCCCGUGAACUCCAGCAUAAGGAUCCAAAGGUUGUACUGCAAUCUGUAAUGAGUCGCUGGCUUCCUUUAUCUGAGUCAAUUUUGUUUAUGGUUGUUAAGUGCAUUCCUGAUCCAGUCGCUGCUCAGUCUUUUCGGAUUGCAAGAUUGCUUCCAAAGAAAGAGGUAGUUGACAAAGACCCUGAUUUAAGCUCUGUUAUUUCUGAGGCUGAGCAUGUGAGGAAGUGUGUUGAGGAUUGUGAUUCUAGUGCUGAGGCUCCUUGCAUAGCCUUUGUUUCGAAAAUGUUUGCAGUUCCAAUGAAGAUGCUUCCUCAAAGAAGUUCCAAUGGUGAAGCCCUGAAUCACAAUUCUAAUGGUGAAAUUGGAGAAUCUGAUGAGUGCUUUCUUGCAUUUGCUAGGAUUUUCAGCGGGGUUCUUCACUUGGGUCAGAAGGUUUUUGUGCUUUCGGCUUUAUAUGAUCCAUUGAAUGGAGAAUCAAUGCAAAAACAUGUGCAAGAAGCAGAGAUUCAAUCGUUAUAUCUUAUGAUGGGUCAAGGUCUCAAGCCUGUUUCCUCUGCUACUGCUGGUAACAUAGUGGCAAUUCAGGGGCUGGGGCAAUAUAUUUUGAAGAGCGCCACACUUUCAUCCACUAAAAAUUGCUGGCCUUUCUCAAGCAUGAUGUUUCAGGUUUCACCAACUCUUAGAGUGGCUAUUGAGCCUUCAGACCCUGCUGAUAUGGGUGCACUAAUGAAAGGGUUGAGGCUUCUCAACAGAGCUGACCCUUUUGUAGAAGUUACUGUUUCUGCUAGAGGUGAACAAGUGCUUGCUGCUGCUGGAGAGGUUCAUUUAGAGAGAUGUAUAAAGGAUUUGAAAGAAAGAUUUGCCAAGGUAAGCUUGGAAGUUUCCCCUCCACUUGUAUCCUAUAAAGAAACAAUUGAAGGGGAAGAAUUCAGUUUCUUAGACUACUUGAAUUUAAAGGGAUCACUUGCUAAUAGUACCCAAUAUGUUGAAAAAACCAUUACAAAUGGAAGGUUCCUUGUGAGGGUGCAAGUCCUAAAACUCCCGUCUGCUCUAACAAAAAUACUUGAAGAGAGUGGUGAGAUUUUGGGAGAUAUAGUAGAUGGGAAGUCUAGCAAGAUAAAUGGAAGCUUGGAAACUUGCGGGUCUCUUGAUGACAGUGAUUCUGUUGGAACUCUGAGAAAGCGCAUCAUUGACUCUUUAGAGGCGGAGUUGGAAACUGUUGUGAAAAGCGAUAAAGAAAAAGGUGAUAACUACAAAAGCUUAGUUUUGCAGUGUCUGCAGAGGAUUUGGUCUCUGGGUCCUGGGCACGUUGGGCCUAAUAUCCUUAUUGUUCCUGACUCAAAAGCAAGUGAUGUUAUUUACUCGAGCGGGGGCCAAAGGGGAAUUCUUAUACGCGGGUCAUGUCAUAUCUCUGAAAGACUAGGGUUUCUAAAGGAAAACGCCAAAAUUUAUUCAAAUGUCGAAGAAUCAAGUGGUGAAGCCAGGUCCUUAUAUGUUGAAGCUGAGGGUCUCAAAAGCAGUAUAGUAUCAGGGUUUCAGUUAGCCACUGCAGCUGGACCAUUAUGUGAUGAACCUCUGUGGGGUCUAGCAUUUGUAUCAGGGUUUCAGUUAGCCACUGCAGCUGGACCAUUAUGUGAUGAACCUCUGUGGGGUCUAGCAUUUCUCAUCGAACCUUAUUUAUUUUCAGACAAUUCUGAAUCUUUAAAUCAUGCUGGGCAACACGCUAGCCUUAGCGGACAAGUUAUGACUGCUGUGAAAGAAGCUUGUAAGUCAGCGGUGCUUCAAAACAAACCGAGGCUUGUGGAGGCAAUGUAUUUCUGUGAGUUGAGCACACCGACAGAGUAUUUGGGGUCAAUGUAUGCUGUUCUUUCUAGAAGAAGGGCAAAGGUGUUGAAAGAGGAGAUGAAUGAAGGCUCUUCUCUGUUUACUGUUCACGCAUAUGUACCUGUUGCAGAGAGUUUUGGGUUUGCCGAUGAGCUUAGGAGAUGGACAUCUGGGGCUUCGAGUGCUCUUUUAGUAUUUAGUCAUUGGGAAGAAUUGGCAGAGGACCCAUUCUUUGUUCCUAAAACUGAAGAGGAAAUUGAGGAGUUUGGAGAUGGUUCGAGUAUCCUUCCAAAUAUGGCUCGGAAGCUCAUGAAUGCUGUCAGACGAAGGAAAGGGCUUCCAGUGGAGGAAAAGGUUGUGCAGCAUGCAACCAAGCAGAGGACGCUAGCAAGGAAAGUAUAACUGUAAGUUUUUAGAGGUUUAUUCAUUACUAAUUUUUGUGACUGCAAUGUGCAUGCUUGAAAUAUUCUGACAUGAAUAUCAGAAAUGUAGUCAUGGAUCAAUUUUGUUUGUUUGUUUGUUUUUGAGUUUGGUUUCAAAAUUUUGCCUGUUCCUGGUGACAGUGUUGUAAAAUCAUUAUGUGCAUCCGAAUCUGUGUUUUUUA